ACUACCACCACUUCUUCAUCUACCAUCAACACCACCAUCAACAACCAUGCCUGGUAUUAAAGAAGUCACUUUCUCCGCACGCGAAAUGGAAGUGCUCGCACUGGCAUGGCAGUGCAUGGAGACGCCGCCCAAGAUCGACAUGGUCAAGCUUGCUGCUCUGACGGGCUACACGCCUGGCAGCGCGAGCGUCACCCUCGGCAACAUCAAGCGCAAGAUUAAACUCGUGGGCGACUCGGCGGCUGCAGAUGCGUCUGCGGCUAGUCUUCCUGCGCCUACUGCGCCUACGUCUACGCCGAGGAAGCGCAAGACCAAGAACCCGCUCGAGAACAAGUCGCCGACAAAGUCCGCCAAGAAGAGCAGCCCGGCUGCUGAUGCUCGUUCGCCGUCUGCUUCUUCUUCUUCUUCUGCUGCUGCUGCUGCUGCUGCUCCUAUGGACCCAGACGACGAGGAUCUCGACGACGUUGUUGCAGUCAAGAAGGAGGAGCCCAUGUUCUAAGCCGACAUUUUGACUUGGCAAUGGGUUUCUCGACGAUAUUGACAUGGUAGAUGCGUUCACUUCUGACAGUUCAACAUCAUCAUGACGGAGAGCGUUUGGAGGAACCACGCACGGAUAUGGUCAUGUAUGGCUUUUCAAAGCCUUUCUUUUCUCAGCCGGAAUUUGGAAAUGUCAUCUCCUUCUGCACUCGAUGCAUACUCAGAGACCAUGCAAACAAUCAGCCUUCAUUACGCUAAUAAUAUACAC